UUUUUUGUUCCUCGAUGGACGGAGAAACUUCAUCAGCAUUAGCUGUUGAGGAGAUUGACACGAUUUUUUGGGAAUUCGACAUGCAGGAUUUCACACCAGAAGCGGGACGGGCCCAAGAGCCGAUGCCUGAUGCCGAUAUGUCAGCUUCACCAGAGAAGACGUCACCAGAUUCAACCGAUUUCGUACCUCUGUCAGCUUCGGUAGAAGGUGCUGUGGAAGAUAUGUUAGAAAUGCAGGCGAUUUCUGAAUCUGUUUUAGUUUCGGCUUUAGAAAUGGAUUCAGUUGCUCCAUCCGUACAAAUGUCCUCAUUAACAUCCGCUCCUGACCCACAUUCAGCCCCAGAUUCAGCUGCGUUUGAGGAGUCAGACACACUGGGAGCUGAAAAAGCACAUGCUGGAGAGUCAUUGACAGGUCCUGUUGUUCAGUCGACCGGCACGUCUGAUUCAGAUGGGACAUACAUGAUCCCCGACCCGGUGUGGGUGAUGGGGGGAGAUGCUCUUCUCGCGGAUUUGGAGUCCACAACUUCCCACAUUUCCAAACAAGCUGUUUUUCUGCCAGAAGAGACGCCAUAUUCUUACCCCACAGGAAGUGACUCAUAUCAGGACGUGUCCUCCCCACCUCGCGUAACCUCUCCUCCUGCUCAAACACUGAAUGGAUCUUGGGUAGAAAAGCCAGAAUCGAAGCACUCAUCAACCCAGUCUGUCAGCUCAGCUCCGAAAAGCGCCAGUCCUCGUGUGUCACAGUCUGAAGAAGAGCACGUCUAUAGUUUCCCCAACAAGCAGAAGACUACUGACUCCCCCGCCGCCGUCAUGAGCUCAUCACUGGGCAGUAACCUAUCAGAGCUGGACCGUCUGCUGCUGGAGCUCAAUGCCGUACAGCACAGCACACCUGCCUUCCCUACUGAAGAGACCUACCCACACAAACCAGCCAGCAACGCCCAAUGCUAUGUCCCAGAAAACGGCGUCUCAUCAGUAGUGAAAGCACCUCCUUCCAAGAUGGAGAAACCCAAACGCAGUGCACCCGGACGGGGGAUCGAAGAUGUCAGACCCAGUGUGGAGAGCCUGCUUAAUGAGUUGGAGAGCUCUGUGCCGGCCCCUGUACCCGCCCCUGCAGUGCCAGUGGUCCCUGAGUUGAGAGAAGUUCAGGAGGAGACCCCCGCCCAGCAGCAGGCCAGAAUCUCUGCCUCCUCAGCGACACGAGAACUCGAUGAACUCAUGGCCUCACUUUCUGACUUUAAAGUUCAAAGCAAUAUUAUGGCUCAGGGCAAGAGUUCCCCCACCAGCGUUCCAAAGCAGGGGAAUAAACUGGAUAACAUGUUGGGCAGCCUGCAGUCAGACCUCAACCGGCUGGGUGUCCAGACUGUUGCCAAAGGCGUUUGUGGAGCCUGCAAGAAACCCAUCGCUGGCCAGGUGGUGACAGCAAUGGGGCGGACGUGGCAUCCGGAACAUUUCGUGUGUACUCACUGUCAGGAGGAAAUCGGCUCCAAAAACUUCUUUGAGCGAGACGGCCAGCCGUACUGUGAAAAGGACUACCACAGCCUCUUCUCUCCACGCUGUUACUACUGCAACGGACCCAUUCUGGACAGAGUGGUGACCGCGUUAGACAGGACUUGGCAUCCGGAGCAUUUCUUUUGUGCCCAGUGUGGGUCAUUCUUUGGGCCUGAGGGUUUCCAUGAGAAGGAGGGAAAGGCGUACUGUAGGAAGGACUACUUCGACAUGUUUGCCCCCAAAUGUGGCGGUUGUGCUCGUGCCAUCCUGGAGAACUAUAUUUCGGCUCUUAAUUCUCUUUGGCACCCUGAGUGUUUUGUCUGCAGGGAGUGUUUCAUUCCGUUUGUGAACGGCAGUUUCUUCGAGCAUGAAGGGCAGCCCUACUGUGAGGCUCAUUACCACGAGCGCCGCGGCUCCCUCUGCUCCGGCUGUCAGAAACCCAUUACUGGCCGCUGCAUCACCGCCAUGGGCAAGAAGUUUCACCCCGAGCAUUUCGUCUGCGCCUUCUGCCUUAAACAGCUGAACAAGGGCACAUUCAAAGAGCAGAAUGACAAACCCUACUGCCAAAGCUGCUUUGUCAAGCUCUUCAGCUAGAGUCUGAUAGUGUUGAGGGGUGUAUGUUUGAACAUGCACCCAAUAUCCAAAGUCCCAAGGGUCGAGUUUUACAGCUCGUCACAGUGUCAUCUUGUGGCGAUAGUGAGCAUUACACCAGCUUGUUCCUGUGCCAAAGCACUGUCAGACAAGUGUAGAUCUUCAGGGAGGCUAUUACGAUUUUUAACAGCCUUUUUAAAACGCUUCCCCUGGAUCUAUAGACUAAAUUAUGGUCCUUUAAUUGCGUGGAGCUAUUUUAGAUAUUAUCGACUGCAUCGGACAAAUCAAGAUCUAUUUUUGUACUUGUUACACAUGCACACACACACACACACACACACUGAGCUUAACUUGAACAUAUGUAUGCACACUUCUGUUUGCACAUUUCAGGCAUCUCUUUGCUGCUUUCUGGUAUAACAACACUGCUAUUUUAUUUCGCUUCUUUUCUCCAUCGGCCACAUCAGGUUUUUCUUAAAGGUGCAAUAACAGCUUGGCAUAAUCAAAAUCUCAAUGCCAUAUUCUGUAUAUUUUUCUAAUUUUUGGUACUCUUGAGAGUUUUUCUCAGCCCUGAUUUUAUUGUGCAUGCAUUUCUCUGUCUGAUCACUUUAUAAAGUGUGCUCUUUUUUUUUUUGUUGUUGCCGAUUGUUUCUAUUUUUAUAUUCAUGGGUGGUUUCUGUUUUUUUGGACGGCUGGAGUGGUUUGAGCUUCCAUCCUUAUGCCUUUAUGAGAGUUUAACUGUGGAAACGACUCACUUCUGCUGUUAUAAUACAUAUUUUAUUCUUAUAAAACACCUUAAAGAGUCGAGUAUGUGGCGUUCCACAAUGUGCCUAUUGCCACCGGGCAUGUUUCGCGUUUUACUUAAUGAUUUUUGUCUUAAUUUCUUGUGUAUGUAAUGAGUUUGUUCCCCCUAUUUCAAUUCAUCUGAUUUCCUACUGUAUGCAAGUAAAUAUAUUAAAGUCUUACGGAUUAUCAGUGAUUACAACUUUACUCAACUUUUGUUUUUCCAUAAUUUAAAGAUUUUCUUUUUCAAGGUGAUGUCAUAUUUUAUUCUACAUUGACUGAUGACAUGCACAUUGUAUUUAAAACCUGGGGUCUAAAUGGGCUGUACAAGACAUUGAAUAAAUACCAGAAUCUGAA